AUGAGGUUCAUGGCAAUGGCUUCUUCUUUAGCUCUCUUCUUCCUCCUUCAUCUUCAUUUCAUCACGGCGGUGCCCACCAUUCAACCGGUGCUUACCGUUGCCUCGACAAGUCGUGCACCACCUUCCGCAGCCUCUCUAUUGUCACAUACCUUUUACCAUCGAACAUGCCCCGAUGCGGAGGGCAUCAUUCACCGAAAAGUGCUAGCUUGGAUCCAAAAGGAUUUCACGUUGGCUCCAGCUCUUAUUCGCUUGCAUUUCCAUGAUUGCGCUGUUAGGGGAUGCGAUGCAUCGAUUCUACUGAACUAUCGAAGAAGCGAAAGAAGCGCCUUUGCCAGCAAAACCCUAAGGGGAUUUUCAGUAAUCGACGAUAUCAAAGCCGAGCUCGAGAGAAAAUGCCCUAAAACCGUGUCCUGCUCCGACAUUCUCACCGCCGCCGCCAGAGACGCCACCAUUCUCGCCGGAGGUCCCUUCUGGGAGGUUCCAUUUGGCCGUAAAGACGGCAGAAUCUCCAUCGCCGCCGAAGCAGAGAAAGUCCCUCAGGGCCACGAAAACGUCACCGCUUUGAUCGACUACUUCCAUCAUCUAGGGCUCGACGUCCUCGAUUUAGUCGCACUCUCCGGCGCCCACACCAUCGGCCGAGCCGCCUGCCAUACCUUCCAAGAUAGGCUCUACAAUUUCAACAGGACCCGAAAACCCGACCCGAUUCUGAAACCUCCAUUUCUGAAUUUGCUUCGAAGGCAGUGUAAGAAAGCAAUGGAUCUGGUAUUUCUGGAUGCGACGACUCCGAAAAUGUUCGAUACUGCUUAUUUCAAGAAUCUUCAGAAGAAAUUAGGGCUUCUGGCGACGGAUCAAGCGCUGUUUUCGGAUGAGAGAACUUCUUCGUUUGUGGAUUUGAUGGCGAAUCAGCCGUUUCUUUUCGAUAGCCAAUUUUCGGCGUCGAUGGUGAAAUUGGGGAAUGUGGGAGUGCUUACAAGGAAAAAUGAAGGAGAAAUUAGAGUUAAUUGCAAUUUCGUUAAUCCCAGAAGAAGGAAGUAAGGAUUUGCUUUCUGAAUCUCCAACACAAAUUAUUACAAAAAUGUCUGAUAAUGUUUGUUAUUAUUAUAAAUAUGUAUGAAUUUUGAGUCUUUUGGGGGUGGGACUCCUAAAA